CUACUCUUACCUACGACACCCUCAGGUUUGAGUAUGAAGACUUCCCUGAGACCAAAGAGCCUGUUUGGAUCCUUGGACAGAAAUACAGUGUUUUUACAGAGAAGGAGGAGAUCCUGUCGGAUGUGACCUCUCGGCUUUGGUUCACCUACAGAAAGAACUUCCCUGCUAUUGGAGGAACUGGUCCCACAUCUGACACUGGCUGGGGCUGUAUGCUGCGCUGUGGACAGAUGAUCUUUGCUCAGGCUCUGGUCUGCAGGCAUUUGGGAAGAGACUGGAGGUGGAUGAAAGGGAAGAGGCAGAUGGAUAAUUACUUCAACGUUCUGAAUGCCUUCAUUGACAAAAAAGACAGCUACUACUCCAUCCACCAGAUAGCCCAGAUGGGAGUUGGAGAGGGAAAGUCCAUAGGGCAGUGGUAUGGACCCAACACAGUCGCGCAGGUGCUCAAAAAACUUGCCACUUUUGACACGUGGAGCUCCCUGGCAGUGCACAUAGCCAUGGACAACACAGUAGUGAUGGAAGAGAUCCGGCGACUGUGCCAGUCCCACCUGCUGUGUGCUGGAGCUGCAGCAAGCCCUGCCCUGGAGUCAGAGGUGCUCUCCAACGGGUGCCCAGAGGAUGUGGCAGGCAGAGAGAGGCUGGUGCUGUGGAAACCACUGGUGCUGCUGAUACCUCUGCGCCUCGGGCUCACAGAGAUCAAUGAAGCCUAUAUUGAAACACUAAAGCACUGCUUCAUGAUGCCCCAGUCCCUGGGAGUGAUCGGAGGGAAGCCAAACAGUGCUCACUACUUCAUUGGCUAUGUAGGUGAGGAGCUCAUUUACCUGGAUCCUCACACCACACAGCCAGCAGUGGAGCCCACUGACAGCGGGUGCCUCCCUGAUGAGAGCUUCCACUGCCAGCACCCCCCGUGCAGGAUGAGCAUUGCCGAGCUCGACCCGUCCAUUGCCGUGGGCUUUUUCUGCAACACAGAGGCAGAUUUUAAUGAUUGGUGCCAGCAAAUCAAAAAGCUGUCCAUGGUGAGAGGAGCUCUGCCCAUGUUCGAGCUGGUGGAGCAUCAGCCCUCACACUUCUCCAACCCUGACGUCCUCAAUCUCACACCAGACUCCUCCGACGCCGACAGAUUGGAAAGGUUUUUUGACUCGGAAGACGAAGACUUUGAAAUCCUAUCCCUUUGAAAAACAAACAGGAAACUGACUCUGCGAAUUUGUGUAUGUGUGGGGAGAAGGGGGGGAGGGAAGCUCCUUGGAGAGCCUGGGGCUACCGGUUUUCAUAGGCGCUUGCUGCCAUCUCUGCCUGCCCAUCCCGGCCUCUCCCGCAGCCCCGGAGCACAGCGUCUGCCUGGGAUGAGGAACCACGUGGGUGGCACAGCCCUGCUGGCUGCAGUCGGAAUUUCUCAGCAGCAAACAGUUGCUGGAGUUGGAUGCAGUGGUGCUGAGUUCAGAGCCUCUCUCACAUCAGCAGGUCUCAGUGGCCUUCUGGGGGAGGCACAGGAACGGUCAGAGGGCUCGAUCCUCCCGUGGGGACUCCCCUCUGAAGCUUAAGUAGAGCCCACCUGUCACUUAGGAGAAAUGUCCAGUUAAUGCCUCUAGCAGCUUUUCUUCUCACUUUCCAACCUGGACUGCAGCUCGCAAUGCCAAGGAACAGCAGCCAUGUCCCACAGAGAGCUGUGAAGCCUC